AUGGCAGCUGGAGAUUCAAAUCAAUGGGCAUUAUCAUCACCAUCACGGUAUUCUAUUCUAGAGCAAGUCAUAGGAUCUGAUCUGCUAGCUAAGCAUGAACAUGGGCUGCCAGACUUUGAAGUUCUUCGAGAUAACCCAUUUGCAGAUCAAGUUAUAGAUAUCAUAGAACUCCAGGAAUAUACAUGUUUCACAAUUAGAAAUACAGAUGAUGAUUAUCCUCUAUCAGAUUGUGAUAUGGUCUCAGUUACAAUUAUGACAACUUUGAUUGAUCUCCAUGAAUCUUUGUUUGCCUUCCCACCAAAUCUUACACAAAUAAUGAAGGAUGAUGAUGAUGGAGAUGAUGGAGAUGAAAUAUCGGUCAAGUAUCAAGAUCAUUGUUGCUUUGAAGUGUCAAGGGUUGGUAAAGUCACUGGUGAUUUAUGUAUGACAAUUACAGGUGAAGUUUCAAAUGUUGUUCAAGUGAGUUAUCAAGAGUAUUCGAAUCCAUAUUGUACUGGAUUACAUAUACUGACAAGUUUUUAG